UGUGUGGUGUGCUCAUGGACGCGAGUGAACAAGGCAGCGACUGAGUCGUGACUUCUGUUUUGAGUUACAUUUAUAAUAAAUGCACGUACAUCUACCUGGUGACAGUCAUGGCCCAGGACGUGCUCCGACUGAAAGAACAGCUAAAGGAGAAAGAGAAAGAGAUUUAUGCACUGAAGAAUAAACUGGCACAACUGGAAAAGAACCAUACCUCAGUAUUAGAACUGAAUGACAAAGUGACCCCCCUGACCCCCUUGAAAGCCAAAGCAGCCCUCAGCAAUGAGGAUAUAAUGCGGUACAGCAGACAGCUCCUCCUGCCUGAGCUGGGUGUACAAGGUCAGCUGAACUUAUCCAAGACUUCAGUACUGGUUGUUGGCUGUGGAGGACUGGGCUGCCCCCUGGCUCAAUAUCUUGCUGCUGCAGGAAUUGGGCGCCUGGGCCUGCUAGACUAUGAUGAGGUUGAGCUCAGUAACCUGCACAGACAGGUGCUUCAUGGAGAGGAGAACCAGUGUCAGGCUAAGGCUCUGUCAGCAGCCAGUGCAGUUAGAAGGUUGAACUCGACAGUUGAGUGUAUCCCGUAUCACCUGCAGCUCUCGCCAGAGAACGCCUUACAACUCAUUCAACAAUAUGAUAUUGUAGCUGACUGUUCAGACAAUGUCCCCACUCGCUAUCUGGUGAAUGAUGCCUGUGUGCUCAGUGGCAAACCUCUUGUGUCAGCAAGUGCCCUCAGAAUGGAGGGGCAGCUGACAGUAUAUAACUACCAUGGGGGCCCAUGCUACAGAUGCCUGUACCCUGUGCCCCCACCCCCAGAGACAGUUACAAACUGUUCUGAUGGAGGGGUGUUAGGAGUGGUUCCAGGCAUAAUGGGCUGUAUCCAAGCAUUGGAGGUCCUCAAGAUUGCCUCUGGACAAGGCUCUUCCUGUGGACAGCAGCUGAUGAUGUUUGACGCCCAAGAUACUAGAUUCAGGUCCAUCAAGUUGCGGCCCAAGCAAGCUGGCUGUGCUGUGUGUGGAGAGAACCCCAGUGUGACCCAGUUAAUGGACUAUGAGGCUUUCUGUGGGUCUGCUGCCACUGAUAAGUGCCGCAGACUCAACCUGCUCUCCAGAGAUCAGAGGAUCACUGUACAGGAUUAUAAAUCCAUAAUGGACAAUGCAGAACCCCAUCUCUUGUUGGAUGUGCGCCCUCCUGUGGAAGUGGAUAUAUGCCACUUACCUUUCUCUCUCAACAUUUCCCUUUCAAGUUUAGAGGAGAGAAAGAGUGAACAUAUUCAAUUACUUCAGGAGAAAAUCAGCCAAUUGAAACAGCAGAUGGCAGGUGACUGCCAGCCUCCAGUGUAUGUGAUCUGUAAGCUGGGCAACGACUCUCAGAAGGCAGUGCAGGUUUUGGAGAAGAUGAGCGGAUCAGAAGUGGACGGUGUCGCCGUUAAAGACAUCAUUGGAGGCCUUAUGGCCUGGGCAAAGAGAAUAGACACCACAUUUCCUCAGUAUUAAUGUAAUUUAAUUAUUUUUUAUGUUAAUAAACUUUUAAAUCUGUC